GGUAUUGUUGUUGAUAAUCGUUAUUAUUGGAAUGUGUGUGUCAUUGUAAGGCUGGGCAUCAGGAGGUGAGGACGGUGGGCGUGGAGCUGCUGGAAGGCUACACAACAGUGGUUUGUUUCACACUUGUCUGAUACUUGCUAUGGGAGGAAGUAGCCAGGCCAAAUUUAAAAAGCCAAACGAAGAAGAGGAGUUUGAAGUACUUGAUGUAAGAGGAACUGCCCGAAACGGAAUGUCGUGGUUACAACAGUUUAUGCAGGAUUUGACCCGGCAGCCUGUUGCAAAGCAAGUUGCCGUCGGUGGAUUGUCAGGAUGGGUGGUCGGGUACGUGUCAAUGAAGGUGGGUAAAGUUGCUGCAACAGUUGUUGGUGGAAGCCUCCUCAUCAUGCAACUGGCUGCCCACAAAGGAUACAUAAAGGUAGACUGGAAUCGAGUGAAUAGAGAACUAGAGAAGAAUGCCAAGAAACUGAAGCAAGAAGUAGAGUCAACUGUGAAUGGUGGAGCUGCUGAUGAGAAUCUCCUGCAAGAUGCAGCACGCAAGAUAGACAGGAAACUAGAAAAAGCUGCAGAAAAGCUGGAUCGCAAGUUAAAUCGGGUUGAGCAGAAGGCAGAAUCUUUGAUAAGCAAACAAAUACGAUCAGCGCGGAAGAUGUACAAUAAACACGUGCUAGGGGAAGAUAGAAUGUUUACUGUAGAUGAACUAUAUAUGCUCAAUAUGUAUAUUUUGGCAUUUUCUGCUGGUACAAUGUUAGGGGUAGGGAUGGCCAAAAUACUUUAGGAACUGUAAGUAAAGGAGUCUUUUGAGCAUAACAAUUAAUGUGAAGUUAAAAAUAAUGUAUAAUUUAUGAGAUUUUUAUUAAUAUACUUUAUGAAGAAUAAAGAGAGAUAGUAAUAACAUAAAAAGACAAACUAAUAGUAAUAUAUAUAGUGCUGGGUAUUGUUGCUAAUAUAUGUCAUUAAAAGUUGAAAAUUCCAUGUAGGUUUAUAAUAAGAUAUUAAACAUUUUAUAUUUUCAGCAAUACUGUAUAAAGCUGUCAUCUCGACGUCUUUCAGCCAGCAUUAGAUUCUCAAUUUUGAAGCGAGUGCGUGUAUGCAUUACUAUAUUAUAUCAUUCUGGCUGUGCAGGGUAACAGUAAGGUCUGGGUUUAUAUUUACAUCAUUCUUCUAGAGAGGUUAAUUAGAAAAAUGUUGUCUUUGUACUUCCAAAAGUAUUACUCAUAAGCCUAUCUGAAAGUUUGAAGUGACAGUGAUCUUACUUUCAGUGCUAUAGAUGAAGUAUUUGGCUUAGUAGGUAUAAUUGUCUUCCCAGUGAAUGUGAUGGGAUUAGGCAAUGCCUUCAUGUUCCAGAAUAAAGUGAUGUAGGUGGAUAUUUGGAUACUUCACAGUCAUUAUACACUGUAUUUUAAAAGGAUUAGUUUCACUUUUGGAAGAGAAGCAAAGAUUAUACAAGCUUUUCUGAAUAUAACUUAUCCAGUUUAAUUACAGUAUAAUGAGGUUUAUUAUAUUUGGCUUGGUGCCCUCGUUUGAUAAUUACUUAUUUAUUAUACUGUAUUUGCUUGAUGUCAUGAGUUUUGUCUCUGGUAACAAUUGCAUAAUUUGUAAUUUCUGAAAUACAUUGUAAAAGUAAAGAAAAUAUAAUUUUGAGUUUCUAAAAUUAAAAAAUUAUAAUUCUUGGUGAUAUCAUUCUAAUCGAGCCAUUUCCCCCCCCCCCCCAAAAGUGUAAUACACUGUGAUAAAUUAAUAUUUUUGCCUAAGUGAUGUUGCCAGUAAAUGUUGAGAGUACUUUGUUGUACUUAAUACUACCUAGUCCCUUGUAUUGAUUUCUAAUACAUAAAUAUUGCAUGA